AAGAAGGAAAAAGUUUUGUGUUUUAUUAUUGAGCUCAGAGAUAACAUGGCUAUGGCGUGGCAUGGAAUUGCUUAUUUAAAGCAACUCCAUGUCCAACCUCGCAGGUCUUCCACUCUUCACUCCUCCAUUCCCAAGCAACACCAACCCAUCAUUUAUUAUAUCACCAAAUCAAAUCAAAUCCCCAUGACAUAACUUCACCAUCUCCUUCCGACAUACACAUGCAUUAACUAAAACACAUCCUCAUCAUCAACCUCGUACGUCAACCAAACCAACCCAGUACUUCUCAGAAAACAAAUGGCGAAAACGAAACCAACCCCAGCUCUAUUCUUAAUCUUAUUCUCUCUGGCCACCUUCUUCGUUCUCUCUCUAUCCUCUGCCGCCGACUUCUUCCUCUACGGCGGCUGCACGCAGCAACGGUACGCCUCCAACUCGCCCUACGAGUCAAACCUAAACUCGCUUCUCACCUCGCUGGUCAACUCGGCCACGUACUCCUCCUUCAACAAGCUCACCGUGGUGGGCUCCAGCCAGAGCGACGUCGUCCACGGCCUCUACCAGUGCCGCGGCGACCUCGCUAUGCCGGACUGCGCCGCCUGCGUUACCCGUGCCGUCGCUCGAGCCGGCCAGCUUUGCCCGGCGGCGUGUGGCGGCGUGGUGCAGCUCGACGGGUGCUUCGUGAAGUACGACAACUCCACGUUCCUGGGCGUGGAGGACAAGACGGUGGUGCUGAAGAGGUGUGGGCCCUCCAUGGGGUUGGGGUCGGGCACGACCGGCGAGAGGGAUGCGGUGUUGGGCGGUUUGGCGAGUUCGGGUGGGUUUUUUCGGGUCGGCGGGUCGGGUGAGGUGAAGGGCGUGGCGCAGUGUUGUGGGGAUUUGAGUUUCGCGGAAUGUCAGGAUUGUGUGGGGGAUGCGAUCCGACGGCUGAGGAGUGAGUGUGCUGCUGCGGAAUAUGGGGAUGUGUUCUUGGGGAAAUGUUACGUCAGGUUCUCCACCAAUGGGGCUCGUGCAUACAACAAUAAAGCCCAUGGAAAAUCCGACAACGAAGGGGAAAAAACAUUUGCAAUAAUUGUUGGAUUAUUAGCUGGAGUGGCUAUACUCAUUAUUUUCCUUGCUUUCUUGAGAAGGAUUUGUGAGGGACACGGUAAAUAAAUAAAUUUAAGUUUGUUGAAAUGAGUGGGACGACACUGAGUGCUUUUGGAGGGUCUUUUGUUUUCCUUUUUAUCUUGACAACAUCUUUUACUUUCUUUUUUCUUUGUUGGCCUCACUCUUUAUGAUUCCCUUUAUUACAAACUUGAAUCCAAAAGAGGAGCUUGAUGAGGAUUCAUAUGGGAAGACUGAGUCGAAUGCAAAAGGCAAAAGCGAAAGUUGAACAAAAGAUUCUGUUUUCCUCACUCCACUUAACAACUUGCUUUGUCUCAUCUCUUUGCAAAUAAUUAUUUUUUAUUUUUUUCAUUUUUAAGUUGCAUCAGAUUUCUCACUUUGUGUAUGGUUAGUAUAUGCAGCCAUGGAGUUUUGGUUGAGUGUAUCUUAUAUACUAUACUUUUGGUGCCAAACAAUUUCAAUACUUUGACAGUUCAUGAUAGCUUUUUUGUUCUUUCAA